CACUCACGCUGCAGAAAAAUAGCCUCCAAAGCCAGCAUGCCAGUCCCCAAGGCCCGCCGUGCUGGCUCCACGCCUCUAUAUAUCUGCGAUUCGCCCCUCGAAUCCCCCGAAUGCGCCUCCUUGAGCUGAUCGCGCCUCUGCGUACCCGCUUAAGCCCUGGUUCCCACCUGCUUCCACCGUCAGCAGCCGCAUCCCCAGAAUACGAAGACGCCUGCGCCUGAGUCCUCAAGACGGCUCCCCUCCCUUCUUAUCAGAGCCCACCUCCUGCUCCCGAACGGGCCUGUUACACGGUCACGAUCCGCGCCCGCACCGCCAGGCCCAUCCGCAUGAUGCUUUCGACUAUAUCACACUUGAUGUCGCCGUCAUUCCCCAAGUCGUGUGAACACCUAUCGUCCCCCACCAUGUCGCUGGCCAUAUUACCGCAACGGCAGGCCCAAGCCCGCCCUCCCACCACCGCCGAAGUCGCAUCCCCGCGACCCAAGCUGCACAUCAACACCACCCAGCUACGCACCUUUGGCAAAGGCUCCACCAGCCUACGGCUCGACACGUUGAGCGCCGUCUCCCCAACAGUGCGCAACACCUUCUCGAAUGCCUACGACGUCCCGGCUUCUGCUGCGCCCGCCCUUGGUCGACCCUCGAAACCGCGACUAUCGAUAGACAGCUCCUUCUCCGCGCCGCCCAACCCUCAGAGCUCCUCCACCCCAAACUCGGCCUCGACGCUAUCGUCUACACUUACAUCCGCUUCCUCCAACGAGUCCGCGACCAUUUCGAUACCAUACAAGCAACCCCACAACGUCACUUCCAUCCUAUCCAACAGCCCCGCCCGACCGUUCAUUCCUCGAAAGAUGGCGCCCGUCCGUCCUCUCUUCCCUGCAGAGAAGAAGGUGUCGUUCCGCACGCCGCUUGAAGAAGAAAUCAAGACUGUGAAAUACACCUUGGCGCAUUCAGACCUAGAAUCCUCCAUCAGUUCGGACUCCACGGUUUCCUCCGUCGAGACCACCGCAUACUCAGAACAGGAGUCUUCCACCGUUUCGCUAUUAAUCGAAUCCUCCGCUUCGUCAUCCCCCAACUUCCCUUCUUCGCCGUCCGUUUCGUCACCAUCCGAGCAGUCAAAUUCGCCGGCUUUCUCAUCACUAGAAGGAUCACCUCGGCCGAGAGGGCCGCGCAUAGGGGAGAAGAGGGAUUCCUCAUCAUCAGAGUCUGACAGCGACUCAUGUCCGGAGACGCCCGUUGCAGGUCGCCGGAAGCGAAGAAGAGACUGGAGGUGGACAUUGGGGCCGCUACCCGGCUCUGACAAGUCCUCUUCUUCGACUACAAGCGACAGAACCACCAGCGAAGACAGCAAUUAAUACCAAACUCUGUAUUCAGAGUGAUCGUCAUCAUCAUUAUCACGGCGUUUUGGCGGCAUCAAUCCAUCGACUUUAUGGAUAGGAGAGAUAGGCGGCUUUUUUGGAAACAGCAUUUUCAUGGUGUUGUCACAUUUAUGAUACCACGUAGCAAAGAAACGGGGACAGAGUUGGUGGCGCAUUGAUAAACAUUUAACAUAUGUGUGUAUAUUGUUUUCGCAAAUGGAGCAUAUAGCAUCGCAUAUAGGUACUCAGCUCGAGGGGAGGGGGUUCUUUCAGCAAGUCUCGAGACACGAUCUCACGACAUGGGCAGAGCGCAUCAUAAUCGCAUUGGAUAGCCUAAUCAGGAGAAGGGCAAGAAUAAAUCGGAGAAUUUUCUUGCAAUGAAUGAAAACCUG